AUGGAGUAUCUUAAAAGCAACUUUUUAACACAAGUCGACGAUGGUAGUCAAAUGGAAUAUUUCGAACCUCCCAUUUUUCCAUACGAUGGACCUUCCAAUCACCAGGAAAUUUUCCAUCCAGGAUACUACCCUGUACUAUGUGACUAUAGGGCCAUGGAGAGGAGCUUCGAAAUCCCAGGCCUGGCUUCCAGUCAGUGUGAGUGGUCAGAGUGGAGUGGUACUCAAGUUAUGGUGAAGCAAGAAAAUGAUUUGGAAACAAUAGCAACGACAUCCGGUGUUAGCGAAGAAGAAGUCAGCUCGCCGACGGCUGGGCGGAAGGAGCGCACGGCUUUCACUAAAACUCAGAUUCGAAGCCUGGAGGAAGAGUUUUCGAGAGCAAACUACCUCACUAGACUUCGCAGAUACGAAAUUGCUGUGGCUUUGCAUUUGACGGAGCGGCAGGUGAAAGUAUGGUUCCAAAACAGAAGAAUGAAAUGGAAAAGGACAAAGAGUACUUCGAAGCGCAUCAAAAAGAAGGAAUAAUCAGUUAAUAAUAAUUAAAAUUAAGGUAUAUACGUAGUAGCUUUAAUACCGUUCUAGGGAAAAUUUAAACUAUUUUUAAAUUUACGAUAUUUAUAUAGCUUUACUUUCUUAACUCUUACUUAGUGAAAAUAAUUAAGAAAACACAAAAAUCUGGAGAUAAGGAUAUGUUUAUUAGACAAAUACAUACCUCCGGCACACAACACUGUGUGCCGAACAUAAAACUAAAAAAUAAUAUUGUAAACUAACACACUAUCUUUGGAAGAAACUAAACAUCCGGGCUAUGAGGGCCUACAAUUUGUUCAAAACAAGUGAGCAAUGUCCACGAACUGACCGAAACAGAAACAACGCGUGAAACUUCCAAAUACUAAAAUACUAGCAGUAUCAUAACAUUCAAAUUGAUCUGUUAAGGCGAUGCUCUCCCCCCAAGUGCGUGAUAAUAACUUCACCUGCGUGAUUGAUGAGCAUUAUAUUCCCCGAGUACAUCACCUUAACAAAUAUAAUAUUUCUGUACAACAUCUAAAUGUUAACAUUGGACCAUAUUCUAUAUUAUAUCAUUAUUGGACCAAAAUAAAAUACUAGUAAUUCUCAACAAUAGAUAUAUAAUAUUGUAUUUUAACAUACGAUUUUUAACAUGAGCUUUAAGGAAUAGUGUCGGUACU